CAAGUUGAGUGCAAUCUACAGGUGCCAGCCAGGUCGGCUCUGGAUCUCCUUCAGCCUCCUCAUCAUCCUCCUGGUCACACUUCAAGUAGUGGAGAAGCUGCAGCCUUCCAGGAGCUGCCCCAGUGAGCUGGAACCUGCCCUGCAGCCAACCACGGACCAUGGCCAGGAGCAGCUUGGCUAUGCCCUCCAGGCCCCCUCCCUGCUGUGGGAGGAUAACUCCCCGCAGUGGCAGAGGGAAGCCCUGCCAGAGCCCACCUCAACUGAGGCUGUUUUCCAGACACCCCUAUCCUCCGGCCGCAAGACGCCGCCGGAAAGCAGCCAGGGCAGCCAAGGGGGGCACUGGACACAGCAGCCUGAGCAGAGCAGGAAGAAGGUGAAUGCCCAACUUUCAUCCACAAAGCUGAAACCACAGCCUCCUGGCCUGGGAAGCACAGCCAGGGAAAGUCCUUCUCCAAGCCUUCCCAAGAAGAUUGCUACAGUUUUGGCAGAAGUUGUCACCAGCAAGUUAAUCACCUUUGCAAACAGGCUGAGCAUGGAGGAGCACAGAAGAACAUCGCCAGGACUUCCUCAGGUGGUGGCACAGAGCCAGUCUCAGCCUCAAGCCAUGGGUUCUCCCCACCAUCAGUGGGACAGCUCACGUACACACCCCAUCCCCACCUCGGCUCAAGCUCCGCAGGCAGAGGCCUCUAACAACACAGACCUGGGGACAGGGUUUUCCCCUAGCUGGACAGAAGCCCCUAACAUCACAGAGAUGACAACAGGAGAAGGUCAGCAGGUCAGAGGGAUCACCUCUCAAGGGAAGAGCUGCAAGCCUAAAACUGAUAUUGUUUUCCUGAAGGUCCACAAGAGUGCCAGCAGCACCGUCAUGAACAUCCUCUUCCGCUUUGGUGAAACGCACAACCUCACCUUUGCCUUCCCUACAGGUGGUGGCAAUCAGCUCUACUACCCACACCACUUCUUGGCGAGGUUCGUGCAGGGCUACUCGCCCAAGAGCCCACAACGCUUCAACAUCCUCUGCCACCACAUGAGAUUUCUGCAGCCAGAGGUGCAGAAAGUGGUGUCCAGCUCUGCCUUCUACUUCUCCAUCCUGAGGAACCCUGUGCAGCUCAUGGAGUCCUCCUUCGUGUACUACAAGGGAGCAUCAGCUUUCUCCCAUGUCCGCAGCCUGGAGGAGUUCCUCAGACAGCCCUACCACUAUUACAACUCCACCCGCGGCGACAGCCACUACGCCAAGAACCUCAUGACCUUUGAUUUUGGCUUCAACCCCAAUGGAGAGGCAUCCCCUGAGCGGGUGCAGCUCAUGCUGAAGGCCAUCGAGGCGUCCUUCGACUUGCUCCUCAUCUCUGAGUACUUUGACGAGUCCAUGGUGCUGCUGAAGGAGGCACUGUGCUGGGACCUGGACAGCGUCGUCUCCUUCCCACUCAACAUCAGGGACAACAGCACCAAGUCCCCCCUCCCAGACACCAUCGUGGAGAAGAUAAAGGAUUGGAACAGGCUAGACUGGGAGAUCUACACCGGCGGGCAGGCCGUCGGGGCGAGGCAGGUGGAGCUGGCGAGGACCUGCCUGCAGGGCAGGGCACAUGUGGCCCCCAAGGACAUCAAGGACUCAUCCCUGCGGCCACUGCAGCACGGUGGAGCCAAGAUCUUGGGCUAUAACGUCAAGCAGGGCUUGGACAAGGUGCUGGAGCGCACGUGCCGGCGGCUGGUGACCCCGGAGCUGCACACGCUCAAGGACAUCAAGGACUCAUCCCUGCGGCCACUGCAGCACGGUGGAGCCAAGAUCUUGGGCUAUAACGUCAAGCAGGGCUUGGACAAGGUGCUGGAGCGCACGUGCCGGCGGCUGGUGACCCCGGAGCUGCAGUACAGCAGUGCUCUCUACAAGAAGCAGUUUGUCCCAAGACCCCCUGAGACCACCCGGCCAGCACGCUCCCAGCAGGGCCCUGCCCUGCAGCACAGGCUGGAGGGCACCCAGAACUGA